AUGGGCCAGUCUCAGUCAUCGGAGCCGGCGAAGGAGGUCCCCAUCGAGGACUUGAGCCAUGAACUGGCCCUCCGGUUUGCGUCCAAGUGCUACACUUAUCUCGAGAUCGCUCACUACAAGGACAACUUCAAGACCUUGGCCGAUCACCAAGAAGACGUCGAAUACUGGAAGGAGGACACGCUGUGUCGGUUCCUCGCGUUGCCGGAGCCGCUCCAUGCAGGACCUGUUCUCUAUCACAUGUGCACCUAUCUCGGCGCAUUUCCGUUUCCCAGCCUCGCGCCAUGUAUACUGACCAGGGAAGCGACGCUGAAGGUCAUCACCAUCAUGACCGGUAGGUAUAAGAAGAUCUUGAGGCGAGGCGACCAGGACAAAGUCAAACUGCUGUUCCGCAGUCUGGCCGUGUUCGAUCGCCGGGCCAGCAUCUCUUCGCCCAGGGAAAAGCCAAACAUGGAUGAGAUCAUCAAAGAGCAACUGCCGGAUGACAUGUUGAAAGAGCGAGAAAUCGACACAGCAACGAGUGCUCACGCCACUGCCUCGGGAUUCGCCGUUGACGAGCCCGCCAACGACGACGAGGACGAAGACGACGAUGACCUGGCCCUGGCUGCGCUCGACUCACUAGACGCCAUCGAGGUCUUCAGGCAUGACCAGAAGACAGACCGCAAGAUCCACCAUGCAAUUGUGCCAGCAGAGAACCUGAAGAAGCUGGUCAUGCUGCUGUUACUCAUUGCGGAAAUCGAGCCCUUGACUCCCGUCGGUGUCUAUGGCCAGAGCCUCACCCAGGAACGACUACAAGCGCUGAGUGUGUCGGCCGAUGCCGUCGUCGCGGCGUUUGAUCCCGACCCUCAGAGCAACGGAGUCAGGUAUUCCAACUUUGUCAAGACGGUGACCACAACCACUCCCUGUCUAUUCGAACCUUUUAGCCCGCUAUUUGAACACUUCUUGUUCAGCAAGAACAUCAAUCUGAACAAGCAUCGCGGCCAGCCUGAUCCCGUGGUCGCAGUCGAACCUCGCCGCUCCCCGAUAUACAGGUCGGCCGGGGACGGGGACGGGGACGACGGCGACACCAUCUUCAACGAUACCCUUCUUUCGCAGAUCUCCAUGUCCCUCAGACUAUUCACGCCAUCCGGCUCUCUCGCAGACAUAUUCACUUCCGGCGCACGAUUCAACCAGCUCUACUCGACCUCUUCGCACGGCACGUCGCUCAGCUCUUUCUCACGCCAGGUGCUCUCCUGGCAGUCAGGAACGUUGAUGCUCGUGUCCGGCAGUCAUCCCGACACCGCCAACAAUCUCAUAACGCUGGCCGCAUACCUCCCUGAACGGUGGCACGACCCGAGUUCGGGCCCCAGAAAUGCGGCCCCGUCGCGCGACCCUUCAGCACCCAAAGCGUGCCUGAUCCAGCUUCAACCCCGGCAGGCAACCUUCCCCGAGAACUCGUAUAACCGGUCCAUCCCCGUGUCGUACUUUUCCACCAAGACAGGCAUCGCCCUAGGCUGCGUCAUCCCCCAGCAAUCACGCACCCAUACUGUGCAACAAGCCCCGGCGCUCGGGUCCGUCAGUUUGCUGAUCGACACUGAUCUGACCACCGCCACAUUUCAACAUGACGGCGACGCAGGCAGCGGGGCGUUCGUGACCGAUCCUGGUCUGGAGACCGCGCAGACCCACAAUGGCCAGGCUGCACAGCCAAAGAAGAUCACGUUUGACAUUGACAGCUUGGAGGUCUGGGGCAUCAACUUUCCCACGGACGAAGGGGAAGACGAAGUCACGAAACAGAAGAAACGCCUCGCAUGGGAGGAGGCAGAGGCGGCGAGAAGACGGGGCGUUAAUUUCGGAGGCGACCAGGAAGGUGCGAGGGCACUGCUAGAAAUGGCUGGGCUGGUGGGGGACAAGGCUGGCAAUCGAAGUGGUGGAUCUGUGUAG